CUCGCUCCCUCUCCCUACUCCCCCUCACGCUGUUUCUGUGUCUCUCUCACUCCCUGCUAUACUGAGGAUGUUAAAUCAGAGAAUCCACCCGGGCAUGCUCUUACUCCUGAUGUUUCUGUGCCACUUCAUGGAAGAUCACACAGUGCAGGCUGGGAACUGCUGGCUCCGGCAGGCGCGGAACGGCCGCUGCCAGGUCCUCUACAAAACCGACCUCAGCAAGGAGGAGUGCUGCAAGACCGGCCGCCUGACAACUUCGUGGACGGAAGAGGACGUCAACGACAACACGCUUUUUAAGUGGAUGAUUUUUAAUGGGGGAGCCCCAAACUGCAUCCCGUGCAAAGAAACGUGCGAGAACGUGGACUGUGGACCCGGGAAGAAAUGUAAAAUGAACAAGAAGAACAAACCUCGGUGUGUUUGUGCUCCGGAUUGCUCUAAUAUCACUUGGAAGGGCCCUGUGUGUGGCUUAGAUGGGAAAACCUACAGGAACGAGUGUGCCCUUCUCAAAGCCAGAUGUAAAGAACAGCCCGAACUUGAAGUCCAGUAUCAGGGCAAAUGCAAAAAGACCUGUAGGGAUGUUUUGUGCCCAGGCAGCUCCACAUGUGUGGUUGACCAAACUAAUAACGCCUACUGUGUGACAUGUAAUCGAAUUUGCCCAGAGCCUACCUCCCCUGAACAGUAUCUCUGCGGGAAUGAUGGCAUAACUUACGCCAGUGCCUGCCACCUGAGGAAAGCUACCUGCCUACUGGGGAGAUCCAUUGGAUUAGCCUACGAAGGAAAAUGCAUCAAAGCCAAAUCCUGUGAAGACAUUCAGUGCAGUGCUGGGAAGAAAUGCUUAUGGGAUUUUAAGGUUGGCAGAGGUCGGUGCGCCCUCUGCGAUGAGAUAUGCCCUGAAAGCAAGUCAGAUGAGGCAGUCUGUGCCAGCGAUAACACAACUUACCCAAGCGAGUGUGCCAUGAAAGAGGCAGCCUGCUCCAUGGGUGUGCUUCUAGAAGUAAAGCACUCUGGAUCUUGCAACUCCAUUAAUGAAGACCCAGAGGAUGAAGAGGAAGAUGAAGACCAGGACUACAGCUUUCCUAUAUCUUCCAUUCUAGAGUGGUAAAACCUCCAUCACUAUUGGAACAGCCAUUGGGCACGAAAUCAAUGUCCAUACUGUAAAUAAGUGUAUGCUUAUUUAUUUUGGGGAGGAUAAAAGUAUACAUAUAGUUGAGUCUCGUAGACAUUUAUUUAUACUGUGUCAUGUUUUAUAAUUUAUACAUAAAUUGUCUGGUUGACUGUACACCUUUUUUGAAGAAAUUUAUUCGUUACGGGAAGAGCAGUGUUAUUUAUUGUGAGGUCUCUUGCUUGUAAAGUAAAGCUUUUCUUUUUUCUUGUAAACUAUAAAAGUCCAUUCCUUAGAGCUUACCCACAUGAUCUCAUCUCUUUGUUUCACCGAUGUUAACUCUUUUCCACUUUAACAAACUUGCAUGUCGGUUUCUGUUAUGUUUAUUUAUUGGAUUUUCUUCUUGCCAGUUCUGUACAUAAAAGAUCCCUCGGGUUUUUGUUUACAAGGAAUCUUGACUGACCAAAAGGCGUUGUAACUGACUUAAGUAUACUUCCAGAGUG